AUGCCGUAUAACAUCGCAAUGGUUAGCGACUUCUUCUUCCCACAGCCAGGAGGCGUGGAAAGCCAUAUCUACCAGUUGUCUUCGAAAUUAAUCGAUCGCGGCCAUAAGGUUGUGGUCAUCACACAUGCCUACAAAGGAAGGACGGGAGUCCGUUACCUGACGAAUGGACUCAAGGUGUACCAUGUGCCAUUUUUGGUUAUCUAUCGAGAGACGACCAUGCCAACCGUCUUUUCCUUUUUCCCCAUAUUCCGAAACAUUGUCAUCCGGGAGAGAAUUCAGAUUGUCCAUGGCCAUGCCAGCUUGAGCAGUUUCUGCCACGAAGCGAUCCUACAUGCUCGCACCAUGGGACUACGUACGGUGUUCACCGACCACUCUCUCUUCGGCUUUGCUGAUGCGGGUUCCAUUCUGACCAAUAAAUUACUGAAAUUUACAUUGAGUGAUGUCGACCAUGUGAUCUGUGUCAGCCACACGUGCAAAGAGAACACUGUUCUUCGAGCAUCUCUUGACCCUUUGAUGGUUUCGGUCAUACCAAACGCGGUGGUGGCCGAGAAUUUUCAACCGGAAACAUAUACGCCUAAGGGGCAAGAAGUGGGAUAUAUGCGCCCCCAGCCCAUGCCCCGACGACUAGGACCUCAUGACACCAUCGUCAUUGUGGUGAUCUCUCGCCUGUUCUACAACAAAGGUACAGACCUACUGAUCGCAGCAAUACCCAGGAUUCUCGCGGCACACCCGAACGUGCGCUUCAUCAUUGCCGGAUCCGGACCUAAAGCCAUCGAUUUGGAACAAAUGAUUGAACGGCAAAUGCUUCAAGACAAAGUGGAACUUCUGGGGCCGGUUCGGCAUGAGGAGGUCCGGGAUGUCAUGGUGCGAGGGCAUAUCUAUUUACAUCCCAGUCUGACCGAGGCUUUCGGGACUGUGAUCGUUGAAGCAGCGAGCUGUGGACUAUACGUUGUGUGUACCCGGGUGGGAGGUAUUCCUGAAGUCCUUCCAGCACACAUGACAACCUUUGCCAAACCCGAGGAAGACGAUUUAGUAUUGGCAACGGGCAAAGCAAUCGCAGCACUGCGUUCAGGAAGAGUCAAAACCGAACGGUUUCAUGACCAAGUCAAGAUGAUGUACUCCUGGACUGACAUUGCUCAACGAACCGAACGGGUAUAUGAUGGCAUCACUGGCGCGAUUAGUGAAGAAGAGUUCUAUGGACAACACCCAGGCGCAAGCUGGAAUUCGACGCGCAGUCGCUCAUAUGCUCUAAUCGACCGGCUGAAGCGGUAUUAUGGAUGCGGGAUCUGGGCCGGCAAACUCUUCUGUCUUUGUGUCAUCAUUGAUUACUUGAUAUUUCUCUUCCUGGAAGUCUGGGCUCCCAGGACGUCUAUCGAUAUUGCGCGAGAUUGGCCACGCAAACCAUUUAUCAAUGACAAAAACAAGCCGGUGGAAAACGGCAUGCAACGCCGGAGGGGCACAGACCUUAUGGACCGUCGCAAUGGCAGUCUUGCGAUGCGGUGA